AAUCUCCCAUACACACAGACCCACUGCGAGAUCGACACACACUCACACUCGGGCACACAACCGCACGCAGUGAGGCUCGGGAAGUCAGAUCGCCUCCUCGCCCGAGCGCCUCCUCCGCUCCAGCCAGCCGGGUCUCCCUGGGCCCGAGCCCAGCCGGGCCGCGCAGCCCUACCCGAGGACGAGCUCGGCGGACCCCGGUCCCCCCAUGGGCAAACGCGGACGGCCGCGCAAGGAGGCGCGCUGCGAGGGCGCGGGGCUGGCCCCCGCCGCGCCCCCGGCCGUGGCCGCGCCCCAGCCCCCUGCCCAGCCGGACGAGCCCGCGGGGGCCAAGCUCAGGUGCCCCUUCUCGGACAUUUUCAACACCAGCGAGAACUCGAUGGAGAAGCACAUCAACACUUUUCUGCAGAACGUGCAGAUUCUGCUCGAGGCCGCCAGCUACCUGGAGCAGAUCGAGAAAGAAAACAAAAAGUGUGAACAUGGCUACGCCUCAACGUUUCCCUCCAUGCCGAGCCCCCGGCUGCAGCAUUCGAAGCCCCCACGGAGGUUGAGCCGGGCACAGAAACACAGCAGCGGGAGCAGCACCACCAGCACUGCCAACAGGUCUACACACAAUGAGCUGGAAAAGAAUCGACGAGCUCAUCUGCGCCUAUGUUUAGAACGCUUAAAAGUUCUGAUUCCACUAGGACCAGACUGCACCAGGCACACAACACUUGGUUUGCUCAACAAAGCCAAAGCACACAUCAAGAAACUUGAAGAAGCUGAAAGGAAGAGCCAGCACCAGCUAGAAAACUUGGAAAGAGAACAGAGAUUUUUAAAGCGGCGACUGGAACAGUUGCAGGGUCCUCAGGAGAUGGAACGAAUACGAAUGGACAGCAUCGGAUCAACUAUUUCUUCAGAUCGCUCUGAUUCAGAGCGAGAGGAGAUUGAAGUGGAUGUUGAAAGCACAGAGUUCUCCCAUGGAGAAGUGGACAAUAUCAGCACCACCAGCAUCAGUGACAUUGAUGACCACAGCAGCCUGCAGAGUAUUGGGAGUGACGAGGGUUACUCCAGUGCCAGUGUCAAACUUUCGUUCACUUCCUAGAACCCAGCAUGACAUAACAGUGCAGGGCAAAAUACUCACUGGGCCAAUUCAAUCCAAACAAUCUCUUAAAUUGGGUUCAUGAUGCAGUCUCCUUUAAAACUAACCUAAACAAAAUCAUACUUGAACAAAAGGGUCAGAAGACCUCUAUUUAAGCAAAUACUUAGCAAAAUGUGGGGCAGAGCCUCCCCGGCAGAACAAAUACUCAUUAAUAUUCAUUUUUGAAAAUCACAAUUUCUAAUGGCAGCAGAAAACUUGUGUGAAAUUUUCUUGACUUGAUUUAGUUGAUUUGAAAGGACAUUGGAAACUCCAUCCUUUUUUUCUUUCCUAGGUUGCUCAUAGUGUAGACACAUUUAAGGAUGGUAUUCUGAACCCUUCCUGAGCUUUAUGAUCCUAAAAACAAAAUCAGAUCUAUAAUAAUGGCAAGACAAGAUAAUCAGGCAUUAAUCUUGGAUAGCUACACAGCUAUUAAAACUUAGCCUGGGCUAGCUUAUCAUGAAGCCUGUGGAUGAUCAAUUCUUUAAUUAAAAAAAAAUAAAAAAGAACGCACACAUUCAUUUCAUGCUCUGCAAAAGGAGAGACUCCCAUGAAGCCUUUUGAAAGGGAUCAUCGUGCAGCUCAGCCAUCUGUUGGAUUCCAUGCUAAGCAAGCCAACCUUACCCUGCAUUGUUAGCACUAGGGCACCCAGCCGCCAACUCAUUAGCCACCCUGGGGCAGUUCAUGCGUGACAGCCUCUCCCACAUAGAGCCUGAGUUCGGAUUGAGGGGCCAGAAGGAAAAAAGCUCCACGUGCCUCUGUGUCUGCAUGGGCCAGAAGAGUUGUGCAUGCAGAUUAGCAGGCCAAGGUCUGAGCCACGGCAGCAUUUUUAUUUCAGAUUUUGAUAACUGUUUGUAUGUGUUAAAAACCAAAAUGACAUCUUUUUAAAGCUUGUCCAUAAAAACAUAGAUGUCUUUUAUAGUGGAAAAACAUGUGGGGGG